UUUUUAGGAGAGCAGACAGCGAGCCGGGGCAACAAGCACGCAUUUGCAGUUGCCAUUUCAAGGAUGGAAAAAAAAGCAAAAUGCCAACCAUUUUCCCUUGGAAUAAGGAAACUCGUUUCCAAUUUCCAGAAACCCAAUGUGGACGGAGGAAGCGAACAGAACCCCACACACCACAGCAGGCACACAAACCUACCACGUCAAGAGCUGUACUAGAAGCGGAGAAUUACUUCCUGCAGAGAGAGGAAGAGGCUUCCGGGAAAGAACACCAAAGACGGUUCACCUUCAGUUCAAUUGAGGAGAAAACCAACCUGGUCGUUCUCUACACGGGGCUGCCACACAAAGAUAUGUUUUAUCUCUUGCUAGAGCUGUGCCAGAGGUUCACCAUAAGCUACCAUGCGGGAUGGCAGGUGCAGUCCAUUGAGCUGGCUGACCAGCUAUUCAUGACUCUCGUCAAGCUGCGCUCGAACACCACCCACCUUGACCUUGCUGUUCGAUUCAGCUGCAGCACUGCCACAGUCUCAAAUGUGGUGCUCACAUGGGUCAACAUAUUACACAAGGUGCUUUGCGAUGGGCUGAUGGGCCAGAUUCCUUCGGUGAACAAGGCCUGUCUCCCGUCAUGUUUUGCCAGCUUCACCAACUGCAGAAUCAUCCUCGACUGCACAGAGGUUGAAGCUGCUGUCCCAAAGGAGAUGAAACUCCAGAACAUCUUGUACAGCCCCUACAAGCGCAGCACUACUCUGAAAGGCCUGGUUGGUGUGGCGCCAAAUGGGGUUGUGACGUAUGUCAGCAAACUCUACCCAGGAUCCAACACGGACAAAGAUAUCGUGAAGGACUGUGGCGUGCUAAAACAACUGGUGCCAGGGGACCUUGUCCUCGCAGACAAGGGCUUCCUGAUCAGAGACCUCCUCCCUCCUGGAGUGAGCCUUAACAUACCACCGUUCCUCUCAACGCCACAAUUCACACCACAACAGGUCCUGCUGACGAAAUCAAUUGCCAGGGCCCGUGUGCACGUUGAGAGGGCGAUCGGUCGCAUUAAGGGCUACACGAUACUGGAAUACAUUCCAGUUACAUUUUUUCCCAUCGCUUCAAAAGUCUGGGAAGUCUGUGCUGCUCUAACAAAUUUCCAAAAUCCACUUCUGAAGGAAGUCGAACAGUUUUACAGGCCGAAGAACUAG